CUCGUCAUAUCCACGACCAAAGAAAACGACAUGAACUGGCUCCACGACGAACUCGGCGAUCUCCUCGAACCAACAACAGAAGCCCACGGCUACUUUUCCACAGAAAUCUACGUCACCGACAACGUCUCCGCACCCCUCCACACGCCCGCCAACAAAGGCCACGAAGCCAUGGCCUACCUCACCUACAUCAUCGACCAAUACCACACCCUUCCCCCCAUUUCCAUCUUCAUCCACGGCCACCUCUUGGCCUGGCACAACAACAUCAUGCUCAACAGCAACACAUCCUCGAUGCUCCGGCAUUUACGACUCGACAAAAUCCACCAAGAUGGAUAUUUCAAUCUCCGCUGUCACUUCAACCCCGGGUGUCCCGAACAUUUAUUCCCCUUUUCCACAGUCCCGCACACGGAAAAAUCCGAAGAACCAUUCGUCAAAGAAGCGUGGAAACAAGUUUUUGAAAUCGUCGCAAAUGAUGCUGAAACGGAAGCGUUAUACGUGCCUCGUGUGCUCGCGCAACCGUGUUGUUCCCAAUUUGCUGUGACGGCCACUCGCAUCCGCGCGGUGCCGCGAGAAAAGUAUAGACAUUUUCGGAAUUGGAUUCUGGAGACGGCGUUGACGGAUUAUAUGAGUGGGAGAAUUUUUGAGUAUUUUUGGCAGUGGAUUUUUAAUGGUACGGCGGUGUUUUGUCCGGAUCCGAGGGUUUGUUAUUGUGAGGGUUAUGGGAUUUGUUUUGAGGGGCCGGAGGAAUAUGAUGCUUGGAUGAAAUUGAAGAAAGUGUGGGAGGGGUAUGAGAAGGAAUUGAGAGAGUGGAGG